AGGUACAUGUUGUUUCUUUCAGGUAUCAUUUUUUUUAUUGAAACUAAUCCCCGCUUGAAUAUUUAUAAAUUUAUGUGUGGGUUUUGAGUUGGUCAUUCUCGGUCUGGAUGAGUUGGGUUUUGAUGUAUAGGAACCUAAAAAAUAUCUAAAUAACAGAUGUAUCUGAAACGGGUCCGGACACUUCUAAAAUAAUUACGACGCAUCUAAAAUAAUUACAAUUAGUUAUAUUACGACACAUCUAAAAUAAUUACAACACAUCUAAAAUAUAUGACACUAACUAUGAAAAACAAAUAUCAAUGUAUACAAAUGUAAAAACCAAUAUCCGCGCGAGAUCAAUCUCUUGUGUUAUGUUAUGCGUGGAAUUUGGUACUAACGAGAGACAUUAUGAGUAUUCCAACGUAAUAUUUAUGAUAAAUUAAAAAAAAAUAACCUUUUCAUGAUGAAAUGGAUCAAAUAUAUACUUUAAAUCAUAACUAUGUGUGUGGAAAAUUAAACACACAUCAUCUCUAUGUAGACUUACUUGAAUACUUGAUUUCACAUUAGCUACAUAUAUCUUUCUAUUCACCUUUGAUGAUAGAGUAUAUGUUACACAUUGCAACAUUGCAACAUUGCAGAAAAUUAAUUUUAAAAAUAUCAAAUAUAUGGAGGGUCUCUCACUCAUUCCUCCCGGUUACCGAUUUCAUCCAACCGACGAAGAACUCGUUGACUAUUAUCUUAAGAAGAAAGUUGCAUUUCCAGGGAUGCAAGUUGAUGUUAUCAAAGAUGUUGAUCUUUACAAAAUCGAGCCAUGGGACAUCCAGGAGUUAUGUGGAAGAGGAACAAGAGAAGAAAGGGAAUGGUAUUUCUUUAGCCACAAGGACAAGAAGUAUCCAACAGGGACACGAACCAAUAGAGCAACAGGCUCAGGGUUUUGGAAAGCAACAGGUCGAGACAAGGCUAUAUACUCGAAGCAAGAGCUUGUGGGCAUGAGGAAGACUCUUGUGUUUUACAAAGGUCGGGCCCCAAAUGGUCAGAAAUCGGAUUGGAUAAUGCAUGAAUAUCGUCUUGAGACAGAUGAAAAUGGACCACCUCAUGAGGAAGGAUGGGUGGUUUGUCGUGCUUUCAAGAAGAAACUAACGACGAUGACGAAUUACAACCAUCCAAGAACAAUGAUGGGAUCAUCAUCAUCAGGCCAAGAAUCUAAUUGGUUCGUGCAGCAAAUGGAUGUCGCUAAUGGUAGAUACUACCAUCUUCCUGAUCUAGAGAGCCCAAGAAUGUUUCAAACCUCAUCAUCAUCGUUACAUCAUAAUGAUAAUGAUCCUUAUGGUGUUUUACUAAGCACUAUCAACGCAACACCAACCACAUUAAUGCAAGGAGAUGACCAAGUUGAUCAUGGUCAAGUUAUUACUAAUGAUGAUGAUCAUAUGAUUAUGAUGAACACAAACACUGAUAAUCAUAAUGAUCAAGUGAUGGAUUGGAAAACUCUUGACAAGUUUGUUGCUUCGCAGUUAGUCAUGAGCCAAGAAGACGAAGAAGUUAACAAAGACCCAUCUGAUAAUUCGAGUGAAACAUUUCAUCAUCUCUCUGAAGAGCAAGCAACAUUGGUUUCAAUGAAUGCAUCGCCUUCUUCUCCAUGUUCCUUCUACUCUUGGUCUCAAAACACACACCCAUAAGAUCCAUCUUCAAACGUGCAUGUGUGAAUUCGAAUGCCUUAUUAUAAUUGAAUUGAGGCUCAUGCUUAUUGAUAUGUCAUACGCAUGUCUUAACGAAUUAUUAAUUAUUAUUUUUAUACAAAAAUUGU